CAGACUGCUGGUUAUGGUCCUUGGAGUUCUCAUCUUUAAUGUCAUACGUGUUUGGGACAUUAGAUAAGUCAUAACAUUAAUUAUUUUGUAGUUAGUCCUCUUAAUAUACUUGUCACUCUGAUUUAUUGUUUUUGAACAACUAAAUUUACCUUAUAUCUGAUUUUCAAAUUCUGUCAAGCUUUCCUUGAUGUUUUGGUACUGGUUUUUCAGCUUUGGCUCCUGGUCGAGAAUCAACACCUGCUAGAAAUACACCAUGUAGAGCCCCCCAAGCCAUUACUCCUUCCAUGGUGACACCAGUUGGAGUCAUGGUGACUUCAACACCAUCCACAGUCACUCCAGCCAGUGUUACUCAUUUAGCAUCAUUUCAGUCAAAUACACCUGCUAGAAGAAAAGUUCUGUCAAACUGGCUGCCAUCACCUUUGCCUUCUACUCCUGGAGCAUCUGGAGGAAUAAGCUCCAUACAACCAAAUUCCAACACUUCUAUUCAGGCAGCAGAUAAACGGUUUUUUGAACUUGCCAAAAAUGGACAGCUGCAUGUCUUGAAUGUCUCUCAACUGAAAGAAUUUUUGAGGUCCAAAAAGCACUUUGCUGGCAAAAAAGAUGUGCAUAUUACUGGGAAGAAGGAAGUACUCAUAUCCAGAAUUAUAAUUUUUUUUAAUUUAGGACAAUGA